AUGAAAUUACAUAGUUUAGGUAAUCCUUGUUAUUUAUUAGAUUUCAAUAAUACUAGAAUCCUCUUGGAUUGUGCUAUUGAUUUUACAUCUAUAUUACAAUUUCUACCUAUUACACCUAUUAUUAAUUAUAGAGCAACAUCAUCAACAUCAACAUCAUCAUCAACAACAACAACGCAAAAUAAUAAUAAUGUAGAUAAUUCAUUAAAGAAUAGUAGUUGUUUUAAAUCGAUUAAUAACUAUAUAUUCAUAGAUAGCGGUAUUAAAUAUCAGAUACCUCAAUUGGAUCUUGUUGAUUUCGAAACCAUCGAUAUCAUACUCAUAUCAAACUAUACAAACAUCUAUGCACUACCUUUUAUAACAGAGUAUACAUCAUUCAAAGGAAAGAUCUAUGCGACUGAACCUACUUUACAAUAUGGAAGAUUACUAUUAGAUGAGUUAGUACAAAUAGAUAAACAAUCAAAAACAACUAGAAAUCAAUAUUGGCAAUCGAUUGAUCUUCUAAAACAGAUUGGUGCAGCGCAAUCAAACAAUGUAUUCAAAUAUGCUUACUAUUGGAGAGAUCUCUACAAUCAUCAUGAUACUGAGAAAUGUUUUGAAAAGAUACAAACCGUUAGAUUUAAUGAAUAUUUAAAAUUCUAUGGAUUUACAAUUAGAGCUGUUAGCUCUGGAUAUUGUUUGGGUGGAUCGAAUUGGAUUGUCGAGAAUAACUAUGAGAAGAUUGUAUAUCUCUCGGAUAGUUCCAAUUAUAAUACGAGAUAUCCAGAGCCGUUCGACCGUCAAUCUCUGAGGAAUGCCGAUCUUGUCAUCGCUACAAAGCUGAAUGUCUACCCGCAGAUCACUCUCAACGAUGCGAUCGCCGAGUUGUUCUCAAACAUCGGUUCAACACUGAGUUCAGGUGGCAACGUUCUCAUUCCAACCUACUCAUGCGGUACGAUUCUCGACUUGCUAGAACCACUCUCAGAGUAUCUCUCAAAGGUGGGUCUGGGGUUCGUCCACAUCUACUUUAUCUCACAGAUUGCCAAGGCUGUGCUGUCAUAUGCAGACAUCUACUCGGAGUGGUUGAAUCGCGCCAAGAAAGAGCGGUCUUACAUGCCGGAAGCACCGUUCCUCCACCAGGAUAUGAUACGUAAUCAACACUUUACACCGGUCACUCAUAUCACAUCGCGAUUCCAACCGAAAGAAGGCAGCAUCGUGUUUGUCGGUCAUCCGUCGUGUCGUGUCGGUGACGUCGUUCACAUGAUCAACAUCUGGGGAGACAACCCAAAGAAUUCGAUUCUCCUGAUCGAGCCAGAAUACGACUUUAAAAAGACACUGCAACCAUUCAACCAACAGCUACAAUGUAGAAUACAAUUCAUACCGAUCGACUCUAGAUUCUCAACCAAUGAAAUGAAUGAUUUAAUAAUGGAGAUAUCACCUUCAACUUUAAUAACAUCAUAUCAAUAUACAAAUAUUAUAAAGAAUAAACAAUCAAGUGGAAGUGAAGGUAAUACAACCUAUAUGAAUCCAAAUGAUAUUGUAAAGAUCAAACAGAGUAGUAAAAAGAGGUAUGAGAAUGGUCAUUUAGAUAAGACAUUGGCACAACAGAUACAACCAAAGUUGUUGGUAGAUAAUGGUGAAAACUCUGUAUCGGUUGCUCAAAUAGAAGCGGUACUCUCACUUUCCGAUCAUAAAUAUCAUCUCACCAAUCCAAACAUUUCAGAUCUAAGUAGUCUAUCACAUUGGAAAGAGAAAUAUCUAUGGGGUUCUCUUUCAAUUCAAAAUAUAAUUAAACAAAUCUAUCAAAAAGGAUAUAAUAAUAUACAAACGGAAAUAGAAGAUAAUAAUAAUAAAAUCGGUAAUAACUCAAUGGCUACUCUAAAGAUUUAUCAUAUGGUCGGUACGAAUCAAGUGGAAACAAUCAUGCGUAUAUCGAUAACAGAGGCAACCAUUGAGACAUCUUGUGAGAAAACAAGAAAGAUAUUAAUGGAUAUAGUAUCAGAUUGUUGUUUUAUUAAACUUUAA